AUGCGGUCUGCACCGCUUUUCAAUGGCCUGCUGGCCGCUGCCGCUUUGGCAGUUCCGGCGGUGGCAGCCAACGACAACCCCAUUGUCACCUGCACCCAGCCCAAUUUGUUCUCUAACCCAUCUUUCGAGAACUCUGCGAUAACCCCCUGGUCCACCAGCCCCUCCGGCGGUGCUCGUCUGUCCUCAAGCAAGAGCACCCAAGGCUCCUAUGUCCUUAACCUUCCCGUCACGUCCUCGUCGACAACCACGUAUACCGUGACGCAGAGUGUGACGUUGGUGAAGGACGCGGAGUAUGUCGUCUCCAUUGACCGGUACAUCGGUGUCAAGGCAGGCAAUACCAAGACCUGUUCCUUGUACAUGUACCAAGGCACCACAGCCAAUAAGUUUGCCUCCAUUUCCAACCAGGCCUUCACCAGCUCCGGUGCUGGCAAUGCGUUCAGCACCUGGACUGGAACUUUCACCGCGACGGCCAGCGGGAGCCAAACGAUUGGACUGUACCUCUCUUGCUCUGGCUCUUCGACCUCUGACGGAACUUUUGCCUAUCUCGACAACGCUUCCAUCUCCACCACCGCAAGCUGCUGCCAGCAGAACGCUUUCACGAACCCCUCGUUCGAGAGUGGACUGACCGGAUGGUCUUUCACUGAUGGUGCUAACCGUGCCUCGUCGUCGGCUCAACACUCCGAUGGUCUCCUCUCCCUAUCGGACACCCUCACGGAUGGAAAGAUUACUGCCAAGCAGGCCAUCACCGGACUGUCGACCUCAUCCACCUACGAUGUCGAGUUUGACUAUCAAGUGGAUAUUGACGACUCCAACUCCGGGACUGCUUACAGGUAUUGUACUAUUGCCCUGAACCAGGCAACCAGCUCGACUGGCACUCUCUAUUCGCUCGCAAGUGUCUCUUCGACGGUGUUCACCAAGGGCUCUAACCAAGGGUGGAAGAACCUCAAGGCAACCGGCUUCACCCCCAAGGCCUCAUCUAUCUACAUUUCCGCCACCAUCAGCUGUAGCAGUGGAAGCGCCACAGGCAAGAUGUACAUGGAUGACUUCAAGCUCUUCCUGAGCGCCACCUGCCCAGCACCAUCAACCACCACCAGCCUUUCUACGGUCGCGUCCACGAUCAGCGUAGCAUCCACAUCUUCUGCGGCUUCAUCUACGGCUGCCUCCAGCACUCCUGCUGAUUCAAGCACCGCCGCCUCGUCUACCGCUGCCUCGUCUACUCCUGCCGCGUCAAGCACCGCCGCUUCAAGCACAGAUGUCUCGUCUACCGCUGCUUCGUCUACAGCCGCCUCCAGCACUCCAGCUGCUUCAAGCACUGCUGCUUCAAGCACCGCUGCUUCAAGCACAGAUGUCUCGUCCACCCCUGCCUCAAGCACUGCCGCAGCUUCAUCUACCGCCGCUUCAAGCACAGAUGUGUCAUCGACCGCUGCCUCAUCAACCGCAGCUUCGUCUACUCCGGCCGCAGUGUCUUCUACAGCACCAUCGGCUUGCCAGACGAACGGUUUCUCCAACCCCUCCUUUGAAACCGGUCCAGCGGACUGGGAUGUCACCCAGGGCUCUGCUACUCAAAUCAACUGGGAUUACACCGACGGAGCCUACUCACUUGCAUUUUCCGGUACCGAGGUUGUCGAAUUCAGCCAAACUGUGUCCGGACUUACCGCACGUCAACAUGCCAUCUCAAUUGACUAUAGAAUCAACGGCGCCACGGCCCCUGACACCAUUCAGAGGACGUGCCAGCUUAGUGUGUCUGACGGAUCCAACGUCAUCUCCUCUACCCCAUCAACGGUCUACACGUCGAGCCAAAACACGGGGUGGAAGACUUUCCAGGCUACGUGGACACCCACUGCUGAUAGCACCGAACUCACCUUCCUGCUUUCAUGCACCAGCACCGGAUCCUCGCCAUACGCGUACAUCGCUUUCGAUAACGCCAAGGUUCUGGUAGAUGCUGCCUGCCCCUCUACUAGUGUAGCAUCAACCACCCCAGCGUCAACCACAGAUGUGUCGUCUACAGCUGCUUCAUCCACUGCCGCUUCAAGCACUCCGGCUUCCUCCACAGAUGUGUCAUCCACUGCCGCCUCAAGCACCGAUGUGUCAUCUACCCCAGCUUCAAGCGAUGUCUCAUCGACUGCUGCAGCUUCUAGCACUGACGUAUCAUCUACCCCAGCUUCAUCCACUGUAGCCUCAAGCACUGAUGUCUCGUCUACUCCUGCCGCUUCAACUACUGAUGUGUCAUCAACUGCUGCUUCAAGCACCCCGGCUUCCUCCACCGAUGUGUCAUCCACUGCCGCUUCAAGCACCGAUGUCUCGUCUACCCCAGCUUCAAGCGAUGUCUCAUCAACUGCUGCAGCUUCUAGCACUGACGUAUCCUCAACCCCCUCGGCCACUGGAGCCUCAAGCACGGAUAUCUCAUCCACCCCUGGAGCUUCAAGCACAGAUGCCUCAUCCACCCCGGCCUCAUCCACCGGAGCUUCAAGCACUGAUGUCUCUUCUACCCCAGCUUCAACCGAUAUCUCAUCGACUGCUGCGGCCUCUAGCACAGAUGCAUCCUCCACUCCCUCGGCCACCGGAGCCUCAAGCACGGAUAUCUCAUCCACCCCCUUGGCUUCUAGCACAGAUGUAUCUUCAACUGCUGGUGCCUCAAGCACGGAUGCCUCAUCUACCCCUGUGGCUUCUACCGCGGAUGCAGGAUCUUCCACCACCCCAUCUGCCACUUCCGAUAUUACGACGCCGUCAGCCACUCCCUCCGGAUCUCAGUACAUCGACAACGCGGACUUCGCGGCUGGUCUGGCUUACUACACCACCAGUGGAAACGUUUCUUGGGUCAGUGACGAUGGUUACAAUGGUAAUGGCGCUGCCCAGCUGUCGACCAGGGGAAAUGACGAUGAUACCACUGAGACCUCGCCUGUGCAGAAGCGUGAUAAUCCUAUCACCUCCAUUUCUGGUACUGUUCAUAACCUCGUUGCUGGUUCGCCCUACACUAUCUCGUUCCACUACCUCGUCCUCGCAGCAUCACCUGAUGAUAGCUGCCGUGUGAGAGCCUACUUCAACGGAAACAACUUUGCCAACACUGAUCGAUUCCCUCUCACAACUACACCCAACACUCAGUGGAGCGAGUUGUCCGGCACCAUAGUCCCUAGCUCCACUUCCGGUUCUUUGACUAUUUCGAUCAACUGCAACGCCGCGGGUUUCGCCAGCGUCUACAUUGAUAGCAUCAGUGUGUCUCCUGGGGCUGUCAGCUCCACCACCCCUGUCUCCUCGACCGCAACCCCCUCAGCUACCCCCUCAGCUACCGACUCUGCUUCUGUCACACCCGUGUCUUCCGCUACACCUGUUUCAGAUGCUUCAUCAACCACACCCACCACCUUCGCCACCCUGACGACCCCGGCCUCGUCCUCCACCGUCCCCGCCUCGACCACGGCGUCGUCAACCUCGGCCGAUGUCACCCCUGCUCCUACACCCAGCCGCAGGCCUUGCAGGAGCAGGAGGCUCCAGCGCCGAGCUCUCCUGGCCAGCCAGAACCAGUUCUAA